AUCAGAACUAAAAAGAAAAUCAUUUCAAUUCGUUCUCUAUAGCACAAUUGUAAAUAGAAGUCCAAUUGCAGAAAUUUCAAGAAAGAGACAAAAAUGAACUCUUGGAUUCGUCUUUUCAUAGUAUUGGCAGCUUGUCUUUUUCCUCUUGUCGUUGAAUGCAGGAUUCGACAUUACAAGUUCAAUGUGGUAAUGAAGAACACGACUCGCCUUUGUUCAUCCAAGCCCAUUGUUACUGUUAAUGGAAAAUUUCCAGGACCUACAAUCUAUGCUCGGGAAGGUGACACAGUACUUGUCAAAGUUGUUAACCAUGUCAAGUAUAAUCUCUCUAUCCAUUGGCAUGGUAUUAGACAACUUAGAACAGGUUGGGCAGAUGGACCAGCAUACAUCACACAAUGUCCAAUUCAGCCAGGGCAAAACUAUGUGUAUAACUUCACUAUUACAGGCCAAAGGGGUACACUAUUUUGGCAUGCUCAUAUUUUGUGGCUAAGGGCCACUGUUCAUGGUGCAAUUGUUAUCUUGCCUAACCUUGGAGUGCCUUAUCCAUUCCCUAAACCCAACCACGAAGCUGUCGUGAUCCUAGCUGAAUGGUGGAAAUCUGAUACCGAAGCUGUGAUUAAUGAAGCCAUAAAAUCAGGAUUAGCCCCUAAUGUUUCUGAUGCUCACACUAUUAAUGGUCAUCCGGGACCCGUCUCAAAUUGCGCAUCACAAGGUGGAUACAAAUUGAACGUUGAUCCAGGAAAAACCUACAUGUUACGAGUCAUCAACGCUGCGCUCAAUGAAGAACUCUUUUUCAAAAUUGCUGGCCAUAAAAUGACAGUAGUUGAAGUUGAUGCCACUUACAUUAAACCUUUCAAAACAGACACAAUUGUAAUUGCUCCUGGCCAAACAACAAAUGUAAUUGUCACUGCCAAUCAAGGUUCUGGAAAAUACAUGGUUGCUGCUUCACCUUUUAUGGAUGCACCAAUUGCUGUUGAUAAUGUUACAGCAAUAGCCACUUUACAUUAUUCUGGCACACAAGGAAAUAGCCACAUUUCACUUACUAGUACACCACCUAAAAAUGCCACCCCUGUAGCCAACACUUUUCUUGAUUCUUUAAGAAGCCUGAAUUCCAAAAAAUACCCUGCUAAAGUUCCCAAAAAAAUUGAUCAUUCCCUAUUUUUCACGGUAGGUUUAGGGAUUAAUCCAUGCCCAACUUGCAAACAAGGUAAUGGAAGCAGAGUUGUGGCUAGUGUAAACAAUGUUACAUUCGUUAUGCCAACGGUUGCCCUUUUACAAGCACAUUUCUUUGGGACUAAAGGAGUUUUCACGACAGAUUUUCCAGCAAACCCGCCUUUUGCUUUCAACUAUACGGGAACAGGACCAACUAAUUUGGCGACGAUGAAUGGGACUAAGGUUUAUAGGCUGCGGUAUAACGAUACAGUUCAAUUGGUUUUGCAGGAUACUGGAAUUAUAGCCCCUGAGAACCAUCCAAUCCAUUUGCAUGGCUUCAAUUUUUUUCUAGUGGGUAAAGGCAUAGGAAAUUUUAAUCCAAAAACAGAUCCUAAGAAUUUUAAUCUUGUGGAUCCUGUUGAGAGGAAUACAGUUGGUGUUCCUGCUGGAGGAUGGGUUGCUAUAAGAUUUCGUGCUGACAAUCCAGGAGUUUGGUUUAUGCAUUGUCAUCUAGAGAUACACACAACAUGGGGAUUGAAAAUGGCAUGGCUUGUAGAUAAUGGCAAAGGCCCAAAUGAGUCCCUUUUGCCACCUCCUAAGGAUCUUCCAAAAUGCUAAAAUUGGAGAGGCCUUUUUUAAAGGAGUUAAAUUUCACAUACGAAGCAUAAUGUAGGGAAAGCAGGCUGAAGACUGCACCAAGAGAGACAAAGAAGAAAGGCGAGUCAAAAAGCAAUGUAUUCAUUUUUGAGUGAAAGAGAAAAAACAUUUUUUUUCCUCAGCCAAAUUUUAAUAAUUAUACGAGUAUUCAAUGUAUACAUUUUUUGAGAUUGUUAAUGGAAGUUUGAAAAUUGGUUUGCGUUA